CGAGGCUAGAGUAACUCGUGAAGUACCUCAUAACCAGACCUAAUGCAAUUUUCCGCCGGGGCUUAUCAGCUGAGGUGCGUGCGAGCAGCAAGUUCCUAUCUAGAGUCAGGACUAACAACAGGAGCAAACUUUUCUACCCUGCUUCAGUCUUCCGUAUCAGCUGCAACAGACUCCUUGUAAAGGCCGUCUGGCAGGGCGAAGUGAUGCGGUGUUCGUGGUAUGUUGUCAAAACCGGCGCAUUCUGUGUUUAUAUCACGUGACACUACUAACCCAAUGAUAAAUCACGUUACAUCUGAGUCGAGCAGAAGCGGAUAUACGAAAAGCAAAGUAGGUUUGCAGUUUGCGCGCUGGAAAAAUGCUCAGUCAAAAACUGGUAGAACUGGGUGCACAGGAGAAGAUCACGCGGUGCCUACUUUAUAAACUUCAGACAAAAGGUUUUCUAUACGCGUGACGGGGGACGCCCGACACUACGCUGAAUGGGAAGGCGAGGUAGGAGGGAAACCGGAGACGAACAACCGAAAACUGUAAGGCACUGAAGUACUACUACUACUACAAACAGUUGCUAGACUGCAGCAUGCACCACUUGGCUGUGCUGAGGUACGUGUGGUUAGAAGAGCAGUGUGCUGUUUCAUAGAGAUCAUGGCAAGAGAGUUAACUCCAACAACUUUUUUUUCGGUCAGCUGAAGUGUGUGUGUGGUGCGCGCAGCAUGUACUCAGUCUGCAGCACUGUUGCGUCUUCGAUGUGGCUCAUAGGUGUGUCGGCGAAGUGUAUCAUACAGUGCCGACAAAGCCAGCGCGUGCUCUUGUGUUGACCGGCCUUGUGCGUGGUUCGUUCGAUGGCAAACGAGACGGAUAGCAGUGAUAGUGUGUGGGCCCGCCAGUAAACACUGUACGGUCGCGCGCGGGGGCAUCUCUCCAGCUGCGCGUCCCUUGCAACGAGCUUCAGUUCAACUCGAUCUGCCAAGCAAGACGUAGUGUUGUCCGCUGUCCACGCACCUACGUCAGUGCAGCAGUAGCAGCAGCGAAGUCCAAUGCAGCUGCAGUCGUUGCUUGCAGUCAGCCUGUGGACACAGUGUUCAAUAUUCGCUGCUACAAGCGGCGAGUCCUCUUUGCGUCUUGCAGCAGUUUCAGCAACAGCCACACACACACUACGGUGACAGCCUGGUGAUUGACGUGCAGCGAAAUACAACGCAGUGCACUUCGCUGUUUGUUGUCGAGGUGGAUUGACGGUUUCUUGCAUCAGUGCAAAAACGUGCUCGGCUGGCCCCCUUCCCCCUGUUAGCACCUAUUCCCCAUUUUCUCUGAACGUUUCCUUUCUCACCUCGCCCAGGUCAGGUGCCACGCGCUCACCCUUCUUCUCCCCCGCCCCUCCCUUUCUACCUUCACAACCCACCCAUCCCUCCCCAUAAGCACUAAAAGCAGGGCAGUGCUCCACAGUGUCGUGCAAUCAAUAGCAGUUUUCAUUACAGCCUCUAGUCCUGUCUAAAUUCAGUUCAUUGUGCGGUGCGGCAGCUUGCCCCAAGCUGCCAGUCAACAAAACGUCACGCUGGAUUCAAACCGUGAGAGCGCCACCACCCCGCCCACUCGCCUCCUAGCACGAGGCAACAGCAGUGCCGGGUCGCCCACGACAUGGAUGUCCGUUACUGCCAGUAAGCGCACGGGUGGACGCAGCACCUAUCCACAGACAAAGAUGUCCUCCCCUGGGUGCAUGGGGUUGGGGUCCGGGCCAGGGGGGCUGACCAUGAGCCCCACCACUGAGCCCUCAGGGGACUUUGAGGUGAGGGAGGAGUAUGACCGGGUGGAGAGGUGGCUGGAUGAGCACCCAGAGUUUGUGCAUGACUACUUUGCUCGAAAGGCCCGGAGGAGCAUGGUGGACGGGUGGCUAAUCGCACAUGCCCUAUCCCACAGUGGGCUGGGGGCUGGGGUGGCUGGUGACACCCUGUCUACAUCCAGUAACACCAGCUCUAACUCCAAGCCUAGUUCAGGGGCUAACACCCCUGUGCGUAAGAUCUCUGCACAGGAAUUCGAGAAGGGUGGCCUGCUGCGACCCAUUAUUUCCACUGUGGAUGGGACCCUCACCUUUCUGGAUCCCUCACCAGCUUCCACACCGACUCGUUCCAGCAAGACCCAUCGGCGGUCCAAGAGUGAGCUGAAGGCUUUGGAUGAGAAAGAACUGAUGUACGAGUUGGUGAUCGAUAUCUGUAAUGAUCUGGAUGUAACAAGCUUAUGCUACAAGAUCCUGCAGAAUCUUUCUAUACUUCUCAAUGCAGAUCGGUGUUCGCUAUUUUUGGUACAAGGAAAAGGGACUAAUGAGCGGUCACUAGUGUCCAAACUGUUUGAUGUUAGCAGUGACUCAACAUAUGAAGAGAUAUGUGAAAGAGACGAGGAGAUACGUGUUCCGUGGGGUACUGGAAUAAUUGGCUAUGUGGCAGAAACUGGGGAGUCUGUCAACAUACCUGAUGCAUACCAGGACCCGCGCUUCAACAGCGAGAUCGAUGUCAAGAUGGGCUACAAGACCCGCAGCAUCCUCAGCAUGCCCAUCAAGGACAGCGAGGGCGAGGUGAUCGGUGUGGCGCAGGCCAUCAACAAGAUUAGUGUCAAGGAUGAGCCGUUUGACGAGCACGAUGAGAAGGUGUUUGCGUCCUACCUAGCAUUUUGUGGAAUCGGUUUAAAGAACGCUCAGCUGUACGGAAGAUCGCUGCUAGAGAACAGACGCAAUCAGGUGUUGCUGGAUCUGGCCAGCGUCAUCUUUGAGGAGCAGAGCAACGUGGCCAACCUCAUCCACAAGAUCAUGAUGCACACUCAGUCGCUCCUGCAGUGCCAGCGCUGCCAGGUCCUGCUCGUCGACGAUGCCUCCAAGGACAAAAACAAACGCAAUUGUGACUCGGGUACCUUCUCGCAAGCCUUUGAUCUUCAGGCUUCGGACUUCGACAACGACGACACUUACAACAGAGAAGGACCGCAAGAGCCUCGAUUCCCUAUCAACAUUGGCAUCACCGGCCAUGUCGCUAGGACAGGGGAGACUCUGAACAUUCCUGAUGUCUAUGCUGAUGACAGAUUUGACCCUACAGUGGAUACAGAGACUGGCUUUGUGACCAAGUCCAUCCUGUGCAUGCCUAUAAAGAAUGUGGCAGGAAAGGUCAUUGGAGUUAUUCAGCUGGUCAACAAGCUUGACAACACCAACUUCAACAAAAAUGAUGAGAACUUGUUUGAGGCAUUUGCCAUAUUCUGUGGGAUGGGCAUUCACAACACCUGGAUGUAUGAGACUGCUGUCAAGGCCAUUGCCAAGCAGCGGGUUGCUCUGGAGGUUAUGUCGUAUCAUGCCAUGGCGCCCAUGGAGGAGGCAGAGAGACUCAAGAAAAUGCCUGUACCUUCAUCACAACACUAUAAUCUCCUGGACUACAACUUCCAUGACUUCACUCUGGACGAUGACGAUACACUCAAGGCCACCAUUCGCAUGUUUCUUGACCUUGAACUUUUUGAUCGCUUCCAAAUAAACUAUGAGCUGUUUUGCCGGUUUCUGUUGAGUGUCAAGAAAAACUAUCGCAAUGUCACGUAUCAUAACUGGAGACAUGCCUUCAACGUUACGCAAACCAUGUUCUGCAUGCUAAAGACUGGUCAGAUGGCAAACAUCUUAGGGGAUAUGGAGCGACUAGCACUGAUGGUGGGCUGUCUGUGCCAUGACCUUGAUCACCGAGGCACCAACAAUCAGUUUCAGCUCAAAACCAUGUCUCCACUAGCAGAACUCUACUCCACGUCCACAAUGGAGCACCACCACUUUGAUCAGUGCAUCAUGAUUAUCUCCACAAAGGGCAGUGACAUCCUGUGCAAUGUGGCACAGGCAGAGUAUGAGCAGGUGAUACAGAUGCUAGAGAACGCCAUCCUGUCCACAGACUUGGCUCUGUACUUCAGAUUUCGGGGUCAGUUUUUUGAACUGACCAGGUCUUCAGAUGUAGAUUGGAGAGACGAUUCACAGAGAGACUUGCUGAGGUCCAUGAUGAUGACAGCUUCAGAUGUUGCUGCCAUCACGAAACCUUGGGAAGUGCAGAAGAAGGUGGCAGAGCUAGUGGCCAGUGAAUUCUUUGAACAGGGCGACUUAGAGAAAGAGGAGCUCAAGAUCCAACCAAUAGACAUGAUGGACAGAGAGAAGAAGGACAAAUUACCUCACAUGCAAGUUGGGUUUAUUGACAACAUUUGUCUCCCUGUGUAUGAGGCUAUGGCUCGGGUCUCGACAAAGCUGUCUCCCCUGCUACAAGGUUGCCAACAAAAUCGCUCAAACUGGCUUUUAGAAGCAGAAACGGCAGAGAAAAAUCAGUCUGAGAGACAUCGACAGGCAGAAAAGCAAGCAGAAGAGCAGCGUGCUGAAAACAGCAACAAAGAUAAUGAUGAGAAAACAACGUCCUGACGGUGUGUUUUAUUUUAAUGCCUUUUCUCAAUUUGCAUAAUUCAAACUUUAUAAGGUUAUAUAUAUUAUGGGCAAGUGCACAAUCUUUGGCGCCUCUCACACAUUGUUCUCUUGUUGGGAUCAGAACUGGAACUGUUUGCUUGUGCUUACACUAUGUGUAAAUUUGCUGGCAAUUAAUUUGUUUUUUCUUAUAAUCCUCUUUGUUGAACUUGACGAAUGCAGUUGCUGAUAAGUUUACCUGGGAUAGAUGAAGGCUUCUGCAUGAACACCACAAAUAUUAACCCCAGUGAGCUAUAGUUAUCUUCUCCUACUCAUGAUAUAUCGGGAUUACUUUUAUCUUAAAAUUUUUAAAUUAAAUUGCCAGAUUAGUUUGGACCUUAUUCUUGAAGGAGUAUAAGCUGCAUGAUGGGAGUUUUUAUUCAUUUUGGGUGGUUUGUAACUGAAGGGAAAGGAAAAUCUAGGAAGGCUACCUGCAGAAAUGCAGAAAUUGAAUGUUAUACAUGCUGCAUCGUUGGUCCUGAACUCUCUCAGACUGUUCUUAAGACUAUAAAGUACAACUCCUAUGAUGUUGAGAGGAGGCUGAAGGACAAAUGUGAAAGCAUAAACAUAAAGCUGCAAAUGGCAAGCUUUGUCUUAAAGGUAUCGAUGAUGGAAUUGAUAAAAAAAUGUUGUAUGGAGGAACUGAUUCUGGCAUUUGAAAAGAAGUUGAGAAUGAGAUCUCCUGGCAGUAAGGAAGCCAGUGAUGAUGCAGGAGAUUGGGAAGGCCAGAGAGGGAAAGAAUCAGGCCACCUUUCCUUCUGCAAGGUGAGAACAGAAACAUUCUUUCCUGAGGGGUGCUGACAUAGCUGUCUCAGGGUCGUAGAUGUAAACCCAGAACUAAUCCUUUUUGUUUGUACAUUUUGGAAAUACUGUAUAGUCCUCUGUGACAUCUUAUCUGCUAGAAGAUAAAUGUUUGUACUUUAGACUUAUACCCUGUACUCAUCACUGGAUCUUGCUUCUUGCUGUUAACAUCUCCUUUGCUGUAUGACAUCAGAUACUACUGCCAAUAUUCAAGAUGUUGCUAUUUUGAUGCCAUAAAAAGGUUCUAGAUUAUUUUUUACAUCAGCACUUGUGUAUGUUUACUGUGUAAAUGGAAAGUGAUAAACACUGUUUUUCAGCAAUGAAUAUAUCUUAUUUUGUCAUUUUUCUCAAUAUUAAUACCUUAUCUACUUUCUGCAUGUUCAAAUGAGCAGAAAGUGGAUCUGAAUCAGUUGUGCUAUUUUGUACCUUUCCAGUGUAUAUUAUCUUUAUUUAUUAAGAGGAAAGUUUGCUUAUUGCACAUCACUCAUUGAUUGAUCAUAACUGUAUGACAGCACACAACAAUUUCCUUUUAUUACUUCUUUGCUGUGCAACUAAAAUGGUAUGGGCUUGUUUUCUGAUCUUUGGCAUACCUGGUUUUGAAGAAGUCAUUACUACCAGUGUGUCAGUGAACUCUUGAGAUUCUGAGGUCAAUAGGUUUUGAUGACAGCGAUGAUAAUAGGUGAGAGGACAGCUGUGAAGUUUUGGGUCCUCUCAGCAGAGUGUUUUUGCAUCAGUUACAUUUGACUUUUCCAUGCAUUAUGAAACUAUUUUGCACACUUUUCUUAUGGUGUGCACAUUGUGUACAUAAAGCGGUGGUCUUGCUUCUCUGCACAAAACUGCAUGUGAAAUAUGUGAUGGUAAAGUUUUGUCUUUUACUAGCAGUGCAGCUCAUUUGGAUGCCUGGUAUCUCCCAGCUAGCACACAACUUACAAAUUGUUUCUAUCACACCUCCUUAAAGGCAGCUCAGUAUUAUAACCUUGAGCAAUCAUCAAUUUACAUGUCUUUCUUGCACGUUGCUAGAGUUUUUUUUUCGCCCGGUUAUUGUGAGAAGUAAGGCUGACUGGCUGGCCAUUUUAUGAUUCUUUUGACUUUCGACAAGGAGAGAAGCAUGAAAAGCGAAGCCAUGUGUUAAAUAAGGUUAACUGUUUCAAUGCCCUGCGUUCUGUAGCAGUCAGGAGAACAGGUGUCAUCUAGAUGUAGUAGCUUAUUUUGACUGUCAUCAUUCAAUAUAAAUAUCAGAAGAGCUAGCAAACUAUCUACACCUCUGUAUGUUGUGAAAGAGUACAAGUGUAUGUUUAUGUUAGGCUUGUUUAUGCUAUAGAACUUGUAGGCAAUCCAUGAAAUUAUUUCAGCCUUCAAAACGCCCACCCGAAGCUAUGGAAGAGGAGCAAUAAUUAUGAUGUGACAGUUUGUCAUCUCCCAGUUGUCCAUUGCUAAAAUAAGUGGUUUCCAUACCUUGUUGAGUCUGCGUUACUCCUGGUGCUAUGAUCAAAGAUGCCCCGCAGUUAAGUAGCAGAAAAUAAGACAGUAUCAGUGGGGUCUGGAAACACCCUCACUAGCCCUUGGUAAUGGCUCAAUGAGAAUUUUGAUGAUCAUGAUGUUCUUGUGGCCAAUCCUGAUAACAGCUGAGGUGUAAACCUGAUCAUUGUCGCUGGCAGCACUCAUAAGUUUUGAUCCAUGGUGAAGCAGUAGUACAAAAUAGUGCAAUAUGAGAAGUUUGCGGAUGGAAGGCUUCCCAUGGGAAUAUGACUGUAGACCUGAAAAACAUUCAGGCUAUAGCUGCUUGGGUGUAAGUGGGUCUGGGAGCAUAAAGAUGUGGACGAAAAAUAUUAGCCUGUUCUAUUAAAUGCAAAGCUAAUAUUAAAAUAAUUAAGUAAAUCAAGAUUUGGAAAAAAAUCCAUGAUUUUAGUAAAGCUCAGUUCAUAAAUACUCGGUUGCCUUAGGUUCCAUUUUUAAAAUGUGAGCAACACAAGUACACUGUUUACAGUAGUCAUUUCUAAAAUGGGUUACUAAAGGAUGAGAUUUGACUGUGUGGACUGGGUAGCUAAAUGUGGAAGGAAUGAGAAUGACCUGAACUUUUUCAUGACUGUUCCGUUAAUGUCCAAUGUUCAUUUUUCAAAAGCCCCAUCACCACUGUGCAGCAUGAGUUUUCAUUGGAUGUUACUUUAUAUUUGCUUGUCUUUUGGACUAGUUUAUGUCUUCUAUUGUCUGUUCUUUGGGACAACUGUUCUGGACAUAUCAAGUAUAUUGGUCACCCUGUUAUAUUUGUAUCUUGCUUCUUUUUAAAAAAAAAUUUAUUUCAAUUUCUUCAGAGAAGUAAUGUAUUAUGUGUAUACACAUUUAUGAUUAGAGAAAAUGUUAAACGGACAUCCUAGGAAUUUGAUGGGCUUGGAAUAAGUUUAGUUUAUUUAUGUUUAUUUGUCAUUCAUGGUUAGUUUAGUUUGGUUUAUUCCUUGUUGCUCCUUUGAGGAGCAUAGGGCCGCAACAACAUCAUUCAUGGUAUGCUUGGGUUUUUUUCACCAUGAGAACUUAGAUGCUUGAAUUAAUCAGGCAUACAUCUGUGAAACCACAUGUGAGACUGUGUAUAUGUGGUUGCAUGUGCUUAUGCCUGUAUAUUACUUUCAAAUGCGAUUUAGUUCGUUUUGAGUGGGAAGAAGUAUUAAGACAGAUGGCGAUAAUUAUGUUGAUAAUCUGAUACAUACAAGUGAUAAGUGAGAUGGUUUUGAUGAGCGUGGUGGCAGCAGGGUUAGUUUUAAAAGAAUCAUCUUUUCUUUAUCCUAAGUCUUGUCAGAUGCUGCUUGCCACCUUCUAUUGUGCUUUUUUAGUUUUGUAUUAUUGUUAUUUUAAAAAAAGCACUUUCCACUGAGAUGUCCCCGGUUUUGAAAGAAGACUGUUAAAUUAUGUUCAUGGAAAAAAUUCAUCUUUUCCACUUGUAUUCUUCUGGAUGUGACAAAGUGGGGCAGGUUCCAAAACCUACACCACUAUAUGCUUGCUUUUUCCUCCUUUACUCAGGAGUAAGGUCCUGCAAGCUGAGGAAGCAUCACCAUGGAAUUGGCAUCCAUAUUUCAGCCUCAUAAUGCAUUUCACUGGCAGUUAAUUUGCUCAUAAAGGACCAUGUCGAGGUAGGGGAGGUCUCCUUUGCAUUGCAAUGUUUUUGAAAAUGAAAUGCAAUGACAAGUGUUUGUUGAGGUGCAGGGGAAUGGCCUAAUUCUGUCACAGUGCUAGGACAGUAAACAGGACAAGUUGGCAGGCUUACUUUUCUUUUCAAUGAAAAUGCAUUUAAUUGCAGCAACUGAUGACCUACGGGUUUCAGGAGUAAAUUUUUUUUGUGGUUGCAGAUGUGAGGAGUGUAUUGCUGUAAACUCUAGUGUUUCAAUACUCAAUGUACAUUUUCUUUUGUUAUUCAUAUGUUGUGCAUUAUUUUUGAAGAAAAAAACGUUCUGUUUAUUCCUGCUGCCACUUAGGCAUUUGUUGUUAUUGUGAAGGGGUCAGCAUCAAACAGCUUGUUAGCAUAACUGUAUUUUGUACAUUUCAAUGGCCACCUUACCUUCUUGAUUCUGCUUUGCUAUAUACCAGUUAAGGAGAAGAAUUGACACAAUACCGAUAUUCAUUUUACCUUUCUCACAAAAAGUUGCCUACCUCAGACAUCAGCAUAAAAACUGUCAUUAUUAACAUUGUACAUCUUGCUUCUUCUUACACCAGCACCUUCAUCUCUUUUCUUUAUCCAUUUUUCUGUAUCUGCUAAAUUUCAUGUUAUGUCAAUACUUUCAGUGAACACCUUAUGAACAUUUUACACUAGAUCACUAGAUUUUACACUAGAUCACUAGAUGUUUAAGAAUGCCUCAAAUUUCUCACUGGAAAUGUUGCAAUGUCUAAAAUGCAGUGCUAUUGAACACCUGAAGGAGCACCAUUUGCUUGUGUUUUUUAAAAAAAAACCAACUGUAUUAAUAGAUACUGGGGUUCCACUAAACUUACAGAUUUUUUUAAAGCUGUUUCAAAACAAUUUUUUUUUUUUCAUUCCUUUAGUGCAUCACCUUUAUGAAGUGGACUUGUUACCCACUUCCCCUGCCUUUUAUGUAAAUGAAUAGAUUUGUGUUAAUUAGCAGAAUGAUGUCACUUUUAUCCUUGGCUUUUAAUAUGUGAGCACUGUGUAAUAUAAGCCCAGGAAACACUUCAGAACAUUUAUCUCAAGCCUUGUGCACAGGUUGCCUUGUAGUUUAAUUGCCGAUGUCUCAGAAUGCCAUGCUUACAGGGUGUACAAUUAUUAUGGAAGGCUGCUUUUGGCAGGGGUGUGAUCAUGGCAUGUGGCAGUGAACUGACAAGUAAAUAGAAAUACAACUGAGUUUUUUUGUGAUACUCUCUCCACAUUUUAUGCACUUUGUGAUAUUUCUGACCAAAAUGAUGAUGCGAAUUAAUUUAUUUGAAGUAAACAGCUGCAUCACA